ACCAUAUCUGAACUUUGAUCUUUCGCAAUAAAUCACGACUUUUGGGUACACUUGGUAUCUAUUCAAAGACCAAAUACAGAACCGCAUAUCUACUACAUCUGCAGCAUUUUAUUUCAAGUCGCAUUCCAGAAUACCCCUCCACAAACCCCGCCACUAUGCCUUUCGCACAGCUUGUGCUUGGCAGCCCAGGCGCUGGAAAGAGCACAUACUGCAAUGGAAUGCAACAAUUCAUGUCAGCCAUCGGCAGGAAGUGCUCAGUAGUCAACCUCGACCCCGCCAACGACCAAACAAGUUACCCAUGCGCAAUAGACGUACGAGACCUCAUAAAACUAGAAGAUAUCAUGGAGCAAGAUGAUUUAGGACCAAACGGCGGCGUGUUAUAUGCUCUCGAGGAGCUCGAACAGAACAUGGAAUGGUUAGAAGCUGGACUUAGUGAGCUGGGAGAAGAUUAUGUGCUUUUCGAUUGUCCUGGUCAGGUCGAGCUUUACACACAUCACUCUUCGCUACGGAACAUUUUCUUCAAGUUGCAGAAGUUAGGAUACAGAAUGGUGGUCUUGCAUCUGUCGGAUUCGUAUUGUCUGACCCUGCCUUCUCUCUACAUCUCCAACCUCAUCCUCUCUCUACGAGCAAUGCUCCAGAUGGACCUUCCACACCUAAACGUCCUCACAAAAAUCGAUAAGCUCUCCUCAUAUGGCGAACUGCCAUUCAACCUCGACUUUUACACAGAGGUACAAGACCUAUCAUAUCUUCUUCCACAUCUUGCCGAGGAGUCUUUUGUAAGCCCGAAAUUCGAAGGUCUAAACACCGCAAUAGUUGAGUUGGUGGAGAGCUUUGGCUUGGUCGGAUUCGAGACUCUGGCUGUUGAGAACAAGAGAAGUAUGAUGCAUCUUCUGCAAGUCAUUGAUCGAGCAGGAGGGUAUGCGUUUGGUGGCGCUGAAGGCGCAAAUGAUACCGUCUGGCAGGUGGCUAUGCGCGAAGGUGUUACCACAAUGGAUGUGAAGGAUGUCCAAGAGCGGUGGCUAGAUGCCAAGGACCAGUAUGACGAGAAAGAGCGUCUGGAGUGGGAGGAGCAGGCCAAGAUGCGGGAUCAGGCCGAGGAGAACAAUGCCGAAGGAGCCAUGGAUGAAGAUGAUUAUCUGGAAGAUAUGGGCAUGUCGAUGCCUCCAGAUAGUGGUGUUAAGGUCGUUAGGAAGAAUCGAUGAUACCCCUCUGUUUUCAGCCAUCACCGUCACUAUCUCCACCUUCCUCUUCGCUGUCUCCGCCUGCCCUGUCUACCAUGAGAAUAUCCCCUGUAGUAUCUUUCUGCCCAUCUCCAAACAUGUCUUCAAGUGUCGAUUUUCCUUGAU